AUGGGGCGUCGUUUUCUAGACCAUCUUGGUGGACAUCGGAUUUUUUCAUGCGAUAGCUGCAAAGCAUUUUUGACUAAUGAAGAUGAACUCAUUUCAAAGCAUUUCACUGGUUCAACAGGCCCGGCUUUUCUUUUUGAUCAUGUUGUCAAUAUUGAGUAUUCGGAGAUGCAACUACGAACAAUGAUUACAGGGCGUCAUAUUGUACGCGAUGUCCUUUGUACGCGUUGUAAGACAAAACUUGGCUGGAUGUAUGAAUAUGCAAUGAAUGAGCCUCAAAAAUACAAGGAAUCCAAGGUUAUUCUUGAAAGGGCUCUAAUCGAGUUAAGUGAAGGCAUCGAUAAUCCAGUUGAUUUAGGUAGAGAUCCUCGACAGCGCUAUGGUUAG